AUGGAUGACCAGGUAAAGGCAGACGCUGGUGUUAGACCUCGGACUAUCCUUACAAGGAGUAAUACCCACUCCGAUCUCCUUAAAUUCAAGGAAGCUAAACAAGAAUUACAAAAGAUUUUUACCGAAAUAGAGAGCUACAUAAAUGACUGCCGUCAGUUCUUCAGAGAAAAACUCUCCGAAGAAGCCGGCAAGCGCCUAUCUCCCGCACUUGAAAAAUCAUCUUCAACUGAUUUAGAGCCUCAUUUUGAAAAAGUUCGACAAAUUCAACAGAUAAUUUCUCGAAAUCAAAUGAAAUGUGCCUUUUUCGGAAGAACUUCAAAUGGUAAAAGUACGGUCAUAAAUGCUAUGCUGGGUUCACGAAUUCUCCCCUCUGGUAUCGGUCAUACCACUAGUUGUUUUGUUCAAGUGCAAGGAACUAAUCAGGAGCAAGGGUAUUUACAACAGGAGUCCAUUCCAGAUUCUGUGAACAAUGGAACCACAUCAGAGCCGCAACCGAUAGAAUCAGUUAGCCAGUUGGCUCAUUCAUUGAGUUCAGUCAAAUUGGCCAGUGAUGCUAUCAUUUAUCUCUUCUGGCCUAGUUCAAGCUGCAAUCUGUUAAAGGAGGAUGUAGCUUUUCUUGAUAGUCCUGGCGUCAAUGUUGAUCCCGACAUGGAUGCUUGGAUCGAUAGACAUUGCCUAGAUGCUGACGUUUUCAUUCUUGUCGCUAAUGCGGAAUCCACUCUCAUGCAGGCUGAAAAGGACUUUUUUUAUCGUGUUAGUGGCCGCAUUUCGAAGCCGAACAUUUUCAUUCUCAACAAUCGCUGGGAUGCCUCGGCAGGGGAAGCAGAACUAGCUGAUCAGGUGAAAGAACAGCACAUGCAGCGUUGUGUUGCCUUCUUGACAGAUGAAUUGCAGGUUUGCGGUCGGGAAGAGGCAAUGGAACGCGUAUUUUUCAUAUCUGCUCGUGAGGUUCUCACAAUUCGAGCGAAGGCACUCAAUGGGGGUACUCCACCCGGCGCUGCCCCAAAUAUUGGCACUCCUUCCAGUGGUGGUUAUCCUUUGGCUGAUGGUUGGCAGGCCAGGUUGUUGGAAUUUUCUACGUUCGAAGGUGUCUUUGAGAAAAUUCUCUCAGACUCCGCCACGCGAACUAAGUUUGCCUCUCACACAGAACAGGGCAAAGAGCUAGCAGCUUAUUUCCGUCAACUCAUGGAAGCCACAUACGAGGCUGCCCUCGAAGAAAAGGACGCUGGUAUUCGUUAUCGUCGAAUCUCCCAUGUUCGUCUGGAGAAACUCAACGAGAAAUUACGUCAAGCUUCCGUGGAUAUCAAAAAUCUCAUCGCUAAGUGUUUGCUGGAAGUUGAGGCACAAGUUGCGUCUGCAUUGUGCAAUGAAAUACGCAGAUUGGGAGAGUUGGUGGACAGUUUUACUGGCCAUCCAUUCAUUGCCGAUAACGAGAAAGUAAUGAGCUCCUAUCGUGCGGAGUUGAAUGUUUUCAUUGGUAGGGAGAUUGGAAAGAAUCUUGCUGAAGCAUGUGCUGGAGAUAUCCACUCCCAUGUAGUACGAGCUGAACAGACUAUGGCCAGCAUAUACAACGCCUUACUGGAAGCGGACGAGGCGGCAAAAAGUCGAAUAGCCCAGCACGUAUUGGCCAGUUCUUUCGAACCCGAGUUUCAUGUCGACUGUCGGAACAUCUGUGCAGAGUUCCGAGAAGACCUCCGUUUCCGCUUCUCUCUUGGUUUCACUUCCCUUGCUGAACGUCUGGUGCAUAGACGUUCGGUCAGCUCAAUACUUACUGGUGGCUACAGAAAUGCACAAGGACUGCCUGAGUUUUCACCAGUUCUUCCUGUUGUCCUAUCCGCCAUUCCAGGAUUGCUUAGCCGAAAUGCAGUCGGCCUCUUAGUAGUCGGGGGAAUCGUACUAAAAGCUACUGGAUGGCGAAUGAUAAUGAUUAUGGGUGGGCUCUAUGCUGGAUUGUACGCUUAUGAGCGCCUUUCUUGGACAAACAAGGCCCGCGAGGCUGCUUUUAAGUCCCAAUAUGUUGAGUAUGCUUCACAAAAGUUGCGUCUUAUUGUUGACCUUACUGGCACCAACGCUAGACAUCAGGUAAAACGUGAACUACAUCAAAUGCAAAAACGUUUGGCUGAUGAAGGACAGAUAGCUUCAAACCACCUCACUGAGGAACUUGCCCAAUUGGACAAGGAUCUUGUUACUCUUGACAACAUCACUACAUCAGCAAAGACUCUCAAGAAUAGAGCAGUUUAUUUGGAUGGAUGUUUGGACAAAUUCCACAAGGAAUAUAUCAGUUCAGCCUGGAACUAA